UAUGCCGGCAUUAAGAUGAGACGAAGCACUACGAAUCCCGCAGCAGCAGCAGCAGCAACGACGACGAGGAGGACGACGACUGUCACACAUAUACUUUUAUUAGUUCUAGUGCUAUUAGUAGACAGGACAUUAGCCCAAUGUCCUUGGCAGCGAGAUGUGCCCGAUCUGCAAACAAGUUGCAUAUGCGCCUACAAUUUAGGACGCGAACUGAGCAUACAAUGUGAUCAGGUGGAUUUCUCACAACUUUUGGAUGCCAUGAACACAUAUGCUCGUCUCAAGCCUGUGGAUUUGUUGUAUGUGAAUAACUCGUCCAUUUCAGAGCUAUCGGAUGAUAUAUUUCGUAAUCUAAGUCUGCAUAAUGUUCAAUUAUCGAGUUGUGGCAUUCAACGGAUAACCGAUGGAGCCUUUAAGGGACAAGAGUCUGUGCUGAGGAAUCUCAAUCUGCAGGAUAAUCUGCUAAGUGAAGUGCCAGUGGCAGCACUUCAAGUGCUAAACAAAUUAAACUUGUUGGACUUGUCCAGGAAUCAGCUAACCCACAUACCAGACUCUGCAUUCGCGGGUCUCAAUAAGCUGUCCACACUGAAACUUAACGACAACAAUGUAACCCUGGCGGCAUGGGCAUUCCGUGGCCUAGAGUCGAGUUUAAAGAAUUUAAACUUGAAGGGGACCAAACAGCGUAGAGUUCCGGAAAGUAUACGCGGUCUAAAGAGUUUGGCAUUCCUUGAUCUUUCACAGAAUGGCAUCAAAGAGUUGCCCGGAGCGGGCGGUAUACGAGUCUUUGACGGACUAGACGCCCUGACUGCAUUGAAUUUGGAAAGAAAUCUAAUACAAAGCAUUGCCGAGACGGCAUUUGCUGGAGUGCGAAAAACUUUGAGUUCGCUUAGCUUGUUAAACAAUUUGCUGGCCGACUUUCCAGUCGGUGCAAUACACUCGCUAAAGGAGCUGCGUGUACUGGACAUUGGUUUCAAUUUGUUGACUACACUGCCGGAGGCAGCGUUUCGUGGUAAUCCGGGCAUCACACUCCUGGCCCUCGACGGCAACCCGCUGAGCACUGUGCCGGAGGGUGCAUUCGUUCAUCUGAAUGCCACACUGCGUGGCCUUUCGCUGGGCGGUAGGUUCCUGCAUUGCGAUUGCAAGUUACGUUGGGUGGCCGAAUGGAUACGUAACGGUGACUUGCAGGUCACCUCGCGUGAACGUAAUCCUCAAUUCUGUGGAACUCCGCCUCGCUUCCGUGACCGUGGCUUUUAUUCCAUACAACCUGAGGAAUUGAGCUGUCCGGAAAUAGCUGAUGCUGCCUUACGUGGGCCAGUUGGUUUGGCUGAUAACCUGAAGCCCACAUUGCCUACAUCACCUGAUUCGGUGGAGUUUGAAACUGGCCUAGCCACAGGCACAGCUCUCGCCUCUGAUCCGGUAGCCAGCAGUGUCAGUAGCUCAACAGUGAAACCGACCACUACAAAAGCAAUAGCGACCACUAGCGUAACAACAACGAGUACCACACCAGAGCCAACAACAAGCUCAAGUUCAAGCACAGCGACCAAACCGACACGUCCACCUACUAGAACAACCGCUGCCACAGCUCCAAGUUCCGUUGGAGCUGCCCCAGCUUUUGCCAAUGUGAAUGGUACAGGCACUGUACAGGCCACCACGAUAACCACAAGUAGUUCCUCCUCCUCCUCAUCAUCAUCAUCGUCGUCCUCUACACUGCACACAAAGCAAGCACCUGGCUGGCGUAAUAAUAAUAACAACAACAACGGUGGUAACAGUCCUCACAAGCCGCAACGUCCGCCAUUGGUUCUAGGAUAUCCCCCACAGCGUGGCACACGCAUCGAUGAUACCAACGAAGUGCAGGUGAAACAUGCCUUCCGUCAGGAUAGCUCAGUGAUCAUCCAAUGGGAUUCGGAUACGGCAAACAUUUUGGGUUUCCGUGUCGUUUAUCGUCUGUUCGGUGAAAAGGCCUUCAAACAGGGACCACCACUAGAGGCCAGCGAACGUGAAUUCAAAAUUAAAAAUGUGCCAGCCCAAGAGUGUAUAAUAGUAUGUGUGAUAUCGCUGGAGGAAUUGCAUGUUACACCCGAAACAGUACCAUAUCAGCAAUGUCGCGAGGUGCGAACAGUGGCCUCCCAAGCUUCAAAUAUGGAUAAAAUAACAAUAGCGGCAAGUGCAGCAAUUUGUGGUACAAUUAUUGUGGCAGUGAUUGUGUUUAUAGCAGCCAGCAGACGGUCGCGCAAGUUGCAAAACAACCAGCAAAAGAGUCCACUGCCAAUUGGAGGUCUGCCCGUUAAUUGUUGCGGUCCAACCGGUUCACCAGGACCACUUGGCUCAAUUGCAACGCUAUCGGCAUUUAACAAUCACAAGGAAUGGGAUCAAGUUUCAGCAUAUAGUGGACGAUCAAUACCACGUCCACGCAUAUAUCCUGUCGAACAACCAGAUGAUAUGCGUAGCCAUUUCUCUGGCAUGCCUGGCAAAGUGACUAAAUCAAGAUCCAUUGCCGAUGGCCAAUCGCAGCAUAGCUUCUCAAAUAAUUCACAUCGCGGCUAUUUGGGUAGCGCAUUUCCAUCGAAUUUGGUCAACUCUCGCCCAGAAUUACGGCAAUCCCGUCAAUCGUUGGCCGCUGCCUCUGAGCGUAUGUCACGUGCCUCCUACGCUGGUUCCAUUCAUGGCGGAAACGGUGGAGGCGGCGGUGGUGUCGGUGGCCCCGGCAGCGGUAUGGGGAUUGGCAAUAAUGGUUUGAUGGGCAUGAGCGGUUUGGUUAGCGGAGGCGGGCCGGCAAGCAUUGCAUCCAGCGCAAGACGGUCGCGUCCGCGUUCCAGAUCACGCGAUCAGUUGAAUACCACGCACAUACAUAACCAUCGACCGGGAAGUCGAUAUUCAACGGCUGGUUCAACGCAUACGUUAAAUAAUUAUUGCGAUACAUCUGAUAAUUGGACAGAUCAUGAUAUGGAUAUAUAUAUGGCGCGUAAUCCAACAACGCGCAACGGUUUAGUGCCAUUAUGAGGGCGGCUUAUG